GCGCUGCAGGGGGCGGGGCCGUGUUGAUGUCUUGCAGUCAAAACCGAUGGGAUAUUUUAAAAUAGAGAUAAAAUAAAACAAAAAAGAAAGAAAUGAAGUCAAACAACUGUUAAACUGUCAUUCAGCUAUAUUUACGAUAACGAGUGUAAUCGAGGACUUAUCAGCUGACUACACGGCUCCACUUCUAAAGGCACCAUGGGAAACACGAGCAGCGAGAGGUCAGGAGUGGGUCAGGGAGAAAAAGCCAACCGCAGGGACAGCCGAGGUGCUAAAGAGGGAGACCGGCCCAAAAUCCUCAUGGACAGCCCUGAGGACGCAGACAUUUUCCAUGGAGAGGAUGUUAAGGCUCCCUUAGAGAAGGAGGAGUUUUUAGCUUGGAGACAGGACCUCGAGUCUGCUGAUAAGGAGCUCUUGGCACGACCCACAGUGUUUCGUUGGACCGGUGCCGGAAAAGAGGUCUAUGUUUCUGGAUCCUUCGACAACUGGGCAAAUAAGAUUCCUCUAACUCGGAGUCAGAACAAUUUCGUGGCGAUCGUGGACUUGCCUGAAGGUGAACAUCUGUAUAAGUUCUACGUGGACGGACAGUGGACCCACGACCCAUCUGAGCCUGUAGUGACCAAUCAGCUCGGAACAAUCAACAACAUCAUCCAGGUGAAGAAAACCGAUUUUGAGGUGUUUGAUGCUCUCAUGGUGGACUCACAGAAAUGCUCAGAUAUGUCAGAUCUCUCAAGCUCUCCUCCUGGGCCAUAUCAUCAAGACGCUUACAUACCCAAACAGGACGAGAAGUUCAAGUCUCCACCCAUCCUCCCUCCUCACCUGCUGCAGGUCAUCCUCAACAAGGACACAGGCAUCUCAUGUGACCCUGCAUUACUUCCUGAGCCCAAUCAUGUGAUGUUAAACCAUCUUUAUGCUCUGUCCAUUAAGGAUGGAGUAAUGGUUCUUAGUGCCACACAUCGCUAUAAGAAGAAGUACGUCACCACCCUGCUGUAUAAACCCAUCUGACCCCAGCGGCUCUGCUCACGAAUUCUACCACACGUUCCAAGAGCUAGUUUCAAGUGUAGGUGUCUUCUCGUGUCUGUUGUUUUUUUUUUGUUUUUUUUUUAUAUAUUUUUUUUUUAUACGUAAUAUAUGUCGGCACUGGUUGCCAAGAGAUAACCAUUUAGAUUUUUUGCUGUCAAGAGAAUAUAUUAUAAAUAAAAAACAACAGCUUGGUAUCGAUAAGUGGUACGGAAGAGACCAAAAAUAUAUGUAGGUUUAGGCAUUUCAAGUAAUAUCAGAAGUAAGGAUUAAACUCUUGUAUAUGUGCUCUGUGGUAUAGCUGCUGAGUUACUGUUACCACCUUAAAGUUGAUUUAUUUCCCAAUAACAGUACCUCUCGUAGUGUUUUUAUUCUUCUUAUUACCAAGUAUUACAUGAAUGUAUUAAAGACUGACACAUACUUUUUAUCUGUUUAUAGAUACAUUUAUGUUGUGGGACGUGUUGUAAAAACCACAAAGCAUAAACUCCGCAGUCUUUAAAUCUGACUGUUACAAAGCUCUGACACUGGAUACUCCUUAAAUAAAUAAUAAAAUAUAUGGUUGACAGAAAUCUUUACCUUAUUGACGUCGUUUAAAGUCAAAGUAGUCAAAGCUGCUGUAGUAUCAUGUAAAAUCUCAGAUAAUCUCAAAGGGAUAAAGGUGACUGAAUCAGUGCUCAGUGUGGGAUGUAUUUGCUGAGAUUUGGUGAAUGUUUGCAAAAAAAAAUGAAGAAACAAAAGGGAGGACCAAGUGAUUUUAUAUAUAUAUAUAUAUAUAUAUAUAUAUAAAAUUAUCUACAAGAGUAUAUUGCUCAAAUGCAGGUUUUGUGUAAAAAUGGACCAACAUGUAGGUGUAUAAUUUAUACAUUUCAUUUCAUUUGUAUAGUAAAAGCAUUUUGUGGUUUAUGUUGUUAGAUAAUACAUACAUAAUGCUUUCUGUUCCUGCUAAAAAGCAUGAUUUAUUUGAUAUUUCUAUGUUGUUUUUUUUAAUACAUGACUAAUUAUUUACAGCAGUAAUGUCUCAUUUGAUUUAUUUGUACAGCAUGAUUGUGUCUGAAAGCUAAUGUAUACAAAAUCAUUCCUCAAAAUCAGUUGUCAAUAAACUUUAUUUUUUAACACCC